AUGUCUUUAUUCUGUGGAACCAAUUUUUCGGCAGAAUUUGGCAACACUUUUAUUCAAUCAGCACGUGUUGAUAAAACAAAAGCAAAGAUUGAAAAUUAUUAUGACUUUGGAGUAAUUGCCGAUAGAGAUUUAUUUUCAUUCCUUCAAAAACACAUUAGAAUGAACAAGAAGGAACAACGAAAUUUAGAACAAUUCAUUUAUGAAAAUGAUUUUAAAUAUUUUAGAAGAAGAUUAUUUACAUUGGCUUUGGAAGAAUUGGAAAAAAUCAAAGAUGAAAGAAGUAACAAUGAUAAAAAAUUGGUCAUUGCAUUCAAGAAAUCAAUUGAGACAUGUUUACAAUAUGUUUGUAAUGUUAUGGUAAAGAAAUAUUUUGGCAAUUACACAACCGUAACACCAACAGAACCAGAACCUUUCAAUACACUUCAAGAAGGUAUUAAGGAAGCUCUUGUUAAUUAUAUUGCACACUAUAAGUUUCCUUUUUUAGGAUCAACCUUUAAGAUUGAGAAUAAUGCUGUUGCUGAUGCCUUAUUAUAUUCUGCAUUCUCUGGUCCAGAAAAUUAUGAAGAUAAGUGUUAUUCGUUCUCUGCAAAAGACUUUUUGGGCGUUGAGUGUGCUUUUGUUCUCGAUAUGAUUAUUAAUACUAAACUUUAUAACAAGGAGUGUCAAAUAUGUAACAAGGAGAAGGAAAUAUGUUAUUAG